AUGACAGAUAUUGUACUACAACCUGUGCCAAAAUCACACUCGUUCUCUUCAAAGUUCGCAAGAAUCUUUGGCUCAAAACAAAACCCUACUAUAGAGACAAAUAUCCAAAACAUAGAAAAUGAUUCAAACUCAAAUUAUACUCCUUCAAACUCUCCUUCACCAAUCACCAUAGAUAUGCCAGUAUCUUCAGCCGAACCAUCAACUCCAACAUCAAACCAAUGCAAUAGAUUCGCAUUACUACAAGAUGGCUCACAUCAACAUCUCUUGAGAGGCUCCAAGAGACAAGAAAAAUUAUCAUUCAUGGUUAAAAAAUUUAUGUCUUCUGAUGAAAAAAUAAGAGGUCAAGCAAAAUCUGCAAUCCCACCUUCUCUAUUGAACAAUUUCAUCUCCCAAAUUAACAACAAAGAACAUCCUUCUCCCCAGAUUACUCCUGUCAAUUCCAACCUGGACAAUGCUACCUCAAUGUGCUUUGCUCAGAAAUAUGGUUCUUGCAAAGAAGUCAUUGGUAAAGGUGCUUAUGGUAUCGUCAGAAUUUGUAGUAAAAAGGAUAACAUAACAAAUUCUGAGAAAUUAUUUGCUGUAAAAGAAUUCACUAAAAAAUCAAAUGAACCAUAUGAUAAAUAUUCAAAAAGGUUGACCUCGGAAUUUUGCAUCUCUUCUUCUUUAAAUCAUACAAAUAUUAUUAAAACCUAUGAUUUAUUCCAAGAUUCACAUAAAAAUUAUUUCGAAGUAAUGGAAUUCUGCCCUGGUGGUGACUUAUUCACUUUAAUCGUCGCUGCUGGUAAACUGGAAUAUGCUGAAGCUGAUUGUUUCUUUAAACAGAUCGUCAAAGGUGUAGUUUAUAUGCAAGAAAUGGGGGUCAGUCAUAGAGACUUGAAGCCUGAAAACAUCCUAUUAACUUCAGAUGGUAUCAUUAAAAUCGUAGAUUUUGGUAAUAGUGAAUGUUUUAGAAUGGCCUGGGAAAAAGAUAUUCAUUUAUCUGAUGGUAUCUGCGGUUCAAGCCCAUAUAUUGCACCAGAAGAAUAUAUCCAUGAAGAAUUCGAUCCAAGACCAGUAGAUAUAUGGUCCUGUGCUGUCAUCUAUAUGGCAAUGAGAUCAGGUCGUCAGUUGUGGAAUUCAGCAAACAAAGAUGAUGAAUUUUAUGCAAAAUAUUUGGUCGACAGAAAAUCAAAAGGUGGAUUCGAACCAAUCGAAUCUUUAAAAAGAGCAAGAUGUAGAAAUGUCAUUUAUUCAAUGCUAGAACCAGUCCCUCAUAGAAGAUUGACAGGUAAACAAAUUUUGAAUAGUGAAUGGGUAAGAGAAAUUAAUUGUUGUACUGAUUCACUAACUAGUUCUACUUCUUCUUGCAAGACCCUUAACUAA